AAUUCUCGCAGUCACUGAUGUCGCAUCCGUUCAGAUAGUAAGCGCACCAGUCUUGUCGAUACGAGGAACAUGCUAUGCCGUAACCCUGCUGGAAAGGUGGCAGGAUGAUACUGUAAGAUGGACGGAAUUUGAACGAAAAGGUCGGCUCAAAUCGAACAUGGGUCCGGGCCGGAUAACCGCACCUUUCUUCUCGCAUUCUGGUUGCAUUCUCGGUACCGGUUUACCUGCAUACGAUUGUGGAUCAAGAUUUCGAACUGUGCUCAAGCCACUGCCUCUUUCUCCAAUGAUGCCAAAAAAGAAGAAAUAUGGCCGUGGCAUUAAAUGCUUCGGCUCGUACGAACAGUACUUAUAGUUCUUCGACAAGGCGCAGCUCUAGUCCCCGUAUUCUACCAUUGCACCAUUGCAACAAUGAAUACAUUCGACCCAGAUCGAGCGAAACUGUCUGAAGAGGUCGAGACCAUAUUCUACGCGCACCCAGGACAGUAUGUCCGGGAAGUUGUCGUUGUUGGGGUGAGCUUGGCGAGAAAGCGGGGGAUCCGGCCGUGGUUGACGCCCUCAGACGGUGGACCGAAAGACAUUUGGUAA